GCAAGGCGAGGUGGCACCGAUACGGCGGACGUGCAGCACGCAGAUGGAGCAAAGCCAGCCGAGGCGGCCGACGACGCCUGUGGAAGCUACGGAGAUCUUCGGCAAGGUGUUGAAGGACAGCAGCUCCCGAUUCCUGGUCUCCUCGAAGGGCUCCGACAGCUCAGACUCGAACCUGACAGGCUUCCUGUUCAGCACCGGUGUCGGAGAACGGAUGGCCGAGGUUCUGGAAGCCGACCAACGACUGGCAGAGGAGCAGCCCGUGCAGCUCACGGCCCUGCGCACCCAGGGAGUUCUGGGUGCCGGGGCCUUCGGCAAAGUGUUCAAGGUCCAAGACGUCGCCUCAGCCGAGGUCUAUGCCUUGAAGCUGCAGCGCCGCGACCGCGCGUCCAAGUUCGCCAUCCGCGAGGCGCAGGCGCUGCACAGGUCGAGCCACGCCUUCAUCGUGAGGCUGAUCCACAUCUUCCAGACGCAGUCCUACUACGCCCUGCUGAUGGAGCUCUGCGACAAGAGCCUGAAUGCCUGCAUUCUGGACCACGUGUCCAGCAGCGGGCGUGUAGAGGGCCUCCCGGAGGACGUGGCCAGGCGGUAUGCUGCCUGCAUCACCCUUGCCUUGGAUUACCUGCACCAACAAAAGGUUGUGUUUCGGGACUUGAAGCCCGACAACGUGCUCGUCACCUUCCAAGACAACUUGGCGAAGCUGGCCGACUUUGGCCUGGCAAGGUCGCUGGAUCCCAGCUUCCUGGACAAAGGCGCCGAUCCCGACAGCGACAACGACGAAAAGGCCCUGAGUCCGUACUCGUCCACCGUGUGUGGCACGCCGCGGUUCAUGGCGCCCGAGGUCUAUGAUGAGCCGAAGUUUAUCGACUCUGAAGACGAUGAGGCAGAGGAGCACGCCAUCAAGCGAGUUCUAAGCCGGGAUUGGUAUGCGUUGGGCUGCUGCCUGCUCUUGAUGUUGCUUGGCCAGGAUGGUGGAUCGCUCGCCGAGAUGAAAGGUCGAAGAGUACUUCUCCCACCGUCUGGGCAGCCGGAGAUCACCUGCUCCUUGCGAAAGGCCUCGAAGAAAGGCCUCAUCGAUGAGUACGCGCUGCACCUCAUAGAUGCACUGACGGCGCCAGUGGAGGCACGGGCAAGCGCCGCGGAGGUAAGGGUACAGCCCUUCAUGAAGGCCGCGAUCAUUGAGAUGGAGAAGUUCGCUGGGCACAUCGCGGACACCCGCAGUUGA